ACGCUCUUCGGUGCGGCGAAACUCCGCCUGCGCCCACAGUGACACCGCCUGUGCCCACAGUGACACCGCCUGUGCCCACAGUGACAUCGCCUGUGCCCACAGUGACACCGCCUGUGCCCACAGUGACACCGCCUGUGCCCACAGUGACACCGCCUAUGCCCACAGUGACACCGCCUGCGCCCACAGUGACACCGCCUGCGCCCACAGUGACACCGCCUGUGCCCACAGUGACCCCUCGUCUGCUCCCAUCGACUCUCUGUCUCUAACUAUCCACGAAAAUUAUCUCGCAAACGUUGGCACGAACUUUUCGUCGACGGUGGCCUCCACAUCUUUUUUUCGGUUGUCUGGUACUUUCAACUCAUCUUUACCAGACGCCGCGGACUCGAGCGAUGCCGACUCGUUCUCUGCAACAACGGCUUUGGUGAGUUCAUCGAACUGCGCUUCAUACUUUUGCUCCUCCACUGAACUGGAAAAUCUACCCAUAGCGGCGCACAGAACUCUUCCUCCUCAAUGGAUGCCUCCACGAAUUCCUUCAUGUGUCCCGCCAACAAAUCUGAAAUCCGCGAAAACGUUGAAAGACACAGCCUUCGCCACAGUGUUGGCUAAUCGACUGCGAAAAACCACCGCUCGCUCUGAAAUUUUUGAUGCGUCCUUCGAUCUUUAUGAUGGGGAAGAUAUGUUUUCGGUGAAGCGAAAACGAAGCUUCAGUGAAGGUAACUUAGUCGACAUCCUUCCGCCGCAACACCCCGGGCCGAUAAGCGUCGGUGAAGGUCGUAUCUCGGCGCUUCGGUCCAUCUCCAGCAAAUCAAAAAUUCGCGAAAUAAUCAGAAAUCGCCGAGCAACUCUUGGCGGGAAGCUAGUUCGUAAUCGACGAUCAAAGUUUGAAUAUAAAUCUUCGAGGCGGCUGCUUCCCUCCAGGACCCCUGCUGCUGACUCUGACGCUGAAGAGGUCUUGGAGGAUAAGGCUGGCAACGGUGAUGGCCUGGCAAGUUUAGUUUACCUGCGAAAUAUUUUAAAGAAAACCCAUAGUGACUCGGCACUUGAUGCUUUAAAUUUCCAUUCUCGACUGAUGCCGUUGGAUUUCUUGGAGAGAAAUGACAAGCCUGCAGAAGCGCCAUUUUUACCAGUUAAGGCCGGGUUUGGAAGCAAUGAAAACACGUUAUACGAGAGAGGCAAGAAUUUUAGUUCCGAACAAAGCUUUCAUGAUCGAAACCAGCGAACACAAAGUGGAGUACCCAAUAUUGAUUCUUUCACUGCCAAGACUCCCACUCAAGAUAGUGAAAUUCGUUCGAGUACGGAACCGAAUUCGUUGCACGUUGCAGAGGAGUCGAAUUCGACUAAAGUUUUCGUUGAUGAAAGCAGAUCCAAAAAUUUUGCCAUCACUUGGAACGGUGCGAGUCGUUCAGCAGAGGGAAGUUCUUCGAGAUCUGGCGCGGAUUUUUCAUCAACCCUCGACAGGAAGGAAGAUCUCCUCAGCGCCGCAGGCCGUAAUUUUGUUGAGAACACAUCUUCGAAUCAGAAAAAAGUGGUUGAACGAAAUUUUUCAGUUGCAAAGUUGUGUGGGGAACACAGAGCAGCCAAUGAGCAGCAUGCAAACACCGCUAAAAAACUCUUCUCACGCCGUACAUCCCCGAGCCCCCGCGGCAAUAAAUUAAGUCCUCCGAGGAGUAGCACAAGCGUCAGAGAUCUGGUCAAAAAGUUCUCAUCUAUGGACAGCUUGGACUUAACAGAGAGCAAUUUACCGCCAAGGUUUUCACGUAUCACUAAAUUAAAGCUGCAGGCUACGCAGAGUCAGGAGGCCAAGUGUGCUAAUUCGGAAAAAAGCUACAAAUUUCGUACGGGACUCGAGAGGAAAUCUAGUCUGAAGACCAUUUCAUAUGAUUUUGAAGGAACCAAAAAUCAUCUAACGAUGAAAAUGGUAAAAGUCAACCAACCGCCGUUUUAUAAAACAAAUUUUAAACACCACUCAACCUCUGAGCUUGUGCAAGAAGAACACCACUCAGAUGUUUUGUCGAGUAAGAGACCCCAGAAUUGUAAUAAAUCUUUUGACAUCGAAGGUUCUUCCAAGAAAAUGAUCUUGAACUCGAAAGUUUCCAGUUUCGCUUUGGAAAAGUCGUCCGAUUCGUUCAAUGAGCCUAAACAAAAUGGUGUGAAGUCUAUCCAAGAAUUUCAUCGACUGAAACCACCCAUGAAAUCAAAUAGUUUCAGGCGAUACUCUUCGGUGGCUCCGCUCAGACGUCUGCACAUGCAUCACGAAGAACCUUUGCUGGGUGAAGGUCCCAAGAGCUUAGACUCGAUAUUGAAUCAAAGGCUCGGCCCUGAGAGUGAGAACGAUGCAAGCCACACCGGCAAGCCGAAGGAUUUCACCCAUGUUAAACAGUCUUCGUUUCAGAAGUUGAAAGAAUCUUUCGUUGGGUUUUCAUGCAAGAACUCCCGAUCAAAAUCUCUCAAGGAUAUUGCCGCCACUCACGAUUUUGGCACUUCAAAUUUAGGUGCAAACGACUGCCUACUCGAGGCGCCGUCGACACGAUCCAACUGGGAAACUUGCGUUCCAUUGAAAACGCUGAAAACUUGGACUGACAUCGCUCGUCUUCCCAUGCGGCACAGUUUUCGUAGAGCGAAUGUAGCUGUCGCUACUGAGAAUGCGGAUGUUCCCAUCUCCCAAGUUCCGUCGACUGCUGCCCCAAAUUCGUCGGCACACGAAGUUCCUAUCAGUAACUGCUUGUGUGCGGAGGUCAAUCCUCCCGGCGUGUUUUUAGUCCCUGGAGUUAACGUAAAAACUGAAUGGAAUUGCGAGCCUGGAUACGCGCAGGCAUCUAUGCGUCGAUAUUCGUUUAAUAUGGACUUCCCUCCGAGACAGUCUGACGCUCAGGGUGUUUCUGAUGACCACAAGAGGUCUUGUUCGAGCGCCAAUCAAGAGUCGUAUAAAGGAUCACUGAUAUCACAAUUUCUGCGGUCAAGAAACAUUGCUCCUGAUUCCGUCAUAGGUAAAAAUACCUUUAAAGGUGGUUUCUUCCCCACUAAAUACGCAGGCAUCCGCAAGCAUUCGUGGUGCCCCAACUCCUCAUACGCUAUAUACUCCCACAGCCCGGAAAUGUGUAACUUUCGACGCCACUCCUUGUCGGAAUUGUCGCCACCCGAAAUUUUCCUCCAUGGAGGGGAUAAGCCCAAAAGGUUGACGCCUUCAUCAUUUUAUCCCUUGACCCUGUGUCCUCAUUCCCCCAGCGUGCAGGAUGUCGUGCAGACGUGCACUAUCAACUCCUUGCCCUCUGUGCCACUUCACCCAUCCUUGCGAUGGUCUCCACCGGCGGAUCCCCCAUACUUCUGCACUAAGAUGUGCAACCCCUCGGAGGACCCGCUGGCCACUUACUCUAUUCGUCCAAUUAUGGCCAAAAAGGAGUGUUAGAUUUGCUUGUACAGUCAGAUAUCUACCAGGGAAGGUAUUGGUCGCAGCUGUAGGACAUCUUCAGCAAACCUUGUCACAUUCUUGCCGUUGGCUUUUAUUGGGAUAAGAAAAUUAAGCUCGAUUUUUUUUUGCACUUUCGCCUGCAUGACGUGUUCAGCUUUUACUAAAUAAAUGGACGUGUUCAUCUUUGUCUUAGUAACGUGAUUUGUAACAGCGUUUACUUCAGAGGAUUUGAGGAACUAAUUAUGAACGUAUUUCUUAUUUAGUGUGUUCUAAUUGUCUCGUAUCGAGCGAGCUGUUGUGGGGACUGCGACUCUGGGAAGCAAAGAUCCAACCCAUCGACUGUGGCCUCACGCACGACCUGAUCGAGACAAGUGCUCAGUGGUUGAUUAGUUACAAUAAGGAAUUUUCACGUACCUCUACAAUAUGAAUAAAACAUUGACCUUUUA